CUCAUUUAGUUUUACUAGAGCUAGGUAGAUAAAUUUUGCUUUCAAUUGUCUUGGGAUUACGAAAUUGGUUUUCAAUUUAGCUUCCUGGUGUUCAGUUUUUAUUGAUAGAAAUGCAUAUUAAUUAUCAAUGAGACCUCCAAUGGAAAGAGCUUAUUUCAAAAUUAAAUCUUUUUCAAAUUAGCGAAGUCCGAGAACUAAUCAAAUAUUUAAUGGAAGCAGAGAUUUGUUUUCAAAUCUUUUGAUCCCUCCCGUGUCUAAAUUCCUGUCAACACCUCGCUUAUUUCUGGUCACCUACAGUUUCCAUCAUUACUUUUCUCCCAUAAAUCAAGUCGUCUCUAUCGGUCAGUUAGUUUGGCCUAAGACUCAUUUUUUAUUUAAUCGGCCACUUCAGAUCGCCUGCGAAGCAAGAUUUCAAGUUUGGAGGUCAUCGGCUCAACUCCGUGGAGUAAUUUCUCUAGCGCUUUCGCCCUUGUCAGGUAGGGUUUAUCUAGUUCAACGAAAUAAUCAUGAAAACUUUACCCAGUUAAGCACCGAUUAACCCAAAACGAUUUUUGCCACUGGUAUUGAAACGGAUCCUAAAACGGAUGUUUUGUUCUGUAUUCAAGGUAAUCGCCCCCUUUUGAGCACAGGCCAAUUAUUAUUAUGACUGUGGGGUUUUGUGGGGUUUGUUACAACAAACUGGUGAGCUGUAGUAACAACUGUUUAUUGAAUACUACAUUUUAUAUUCCUUCCCUCAAGACCAAUUUGAUCAGCAACAUUUUUCAGGCUACAUUUUGGUCAUAUUGAACAAAUUGAAUGCAUUUGCCCCAUGAAUUUAGUCUGCUGGCUCUAUUAUCUGUUCAUUUGUUUGGUGACAAUUUCAAACCAACUUUCUUGUAUCUUCAUUCAAAAAAUACACUGAAUGUAAGAACGACUGAAUGACGAUUCCGUCCUUUGCACAUUGAGCAGAGUCAUUUCUGAUAUUUGAACAGAAAAAAAAACAACCAUUUUUAUAUGAUAUAAAAUUUAAUAUGUCAUUCUAAACUUCCGUGUUUUCUGAACUGAGUGAACAAAAUACAGGAAGAUGACAGCUGUGAACGACACAUCAUUGAACAUUAGUCUGUCCGGUGGGAUGGGAGAGGGAGAGGGAGAGGGGGACUAUUCCUACUCGGCCACCAAGUUCGACAUUGGAGUGAUUGUGCUGAGAGUGAUCAUCACACUGUUCGGACUGCCAGCCAAUGCCAUGGUCAUAUUUGUGGUGUGCAAGUUCAGCGAAAUGAAGACCUACUCCAACAUAUUCUGCGCCAGUUUGGCAGUGACGGACAACCUGACCCUGUUGCAUGACCUGUUCUUCUCCAUUCCCUCCCAACUGCUGACCCAGAUGACCUCUGCAGACUACACCUCCAUCCCCCAGUGUCUGCUGCUGGGAGUGGGCAACAUACUCACUGUCACCGCCGGAUUCCACCUGGCAGUCAUCGCACUCGACCGAUUCCUAUUUAUCAACUUCCCAUUCAGAUACUACAUUGUGCUGCAGUGGGCCAAGACACCCCUGCUGCUGGCGUGUUGGUUGCCAGGCAUCAUAAUCGGACUGGGCCUUGAGACCAGAGCAUGUACCCAGAGAGCAUUCGUGGACAGCAAGGAGAACAUCAUCAUGCGAGCUAGUUUGUUCUCAAUUCUGACUGUGGUGGUGGUGUGUUUCUACACGAGCAUCUUCAAGACCGCCCUGCACCAGAGGACCCUCAUUCGCAGAUCCAUGCCAGUCAUCAUAGACAGCAAUGGCAGACCCACCACAGCUGGAUCAGAGCUGGACUCCAUUGGACAACAGAUCAGGGCAUUGGUAGGCUACAUCCUGAUUGGUUUGUCUACUCUGCUGACAUGGGUGCUGCCAAUCAUAUACCUGCUCAUAGUGCACAUCGUCAUUAUGAAGUACGACGGACAGAUCCCCCCGUCCGACAUCAGCACCCUUCUGCUAGUGCUGCAACAGCUGCUGGGGGUGUUUAUGUCCCUCAACAGUGCAAUCAACCCCAUCAUCUACUCCUACACUCAGAGACCAUUCAAGGACAGCUUCGCCAAGGUGUUCAAGUCAUUGGCAGACAAGUGUCGCAUGUCCAUAUAUGGCUCCAAGAGUCCCUCCAUCACACAGGUUGUGGACGAUCCAGGAAGACAGAAGGGAACUACGAAUAAGAAUGUGACUCGUUCCCCCGCCCCCGCCCAGCUCAAUGUUAACCCAGCCAGUGUGGCAAAUGUAUCCUCCUCUUCCUUUGUCUGAGAUCUGCGGACCCAAACGGAACUGAAAACAAGCCAGAAGCCAAACCAAACUAUACCCUCGUGCAGUGAAAAAAACUGACCAAGAAACAUGCAAAAAAUUGCAAACAAAGAAAAUUUUAAGUAAGAGUUUGUUAUAUUGUGAGUCUGGUAUAUAGAAUCAAUGUUGCACGAUACAUACACUCACUGUCAAUAAUUGUGAUUUUAAUAUAAGUUGUCUAUAACCCCUUCUAAGAAAGUUUGUUAAAGUGCGAAAAAAAAUCUGUGAUAGUUUAUUGGUUGUUGUUUGUUUCAUAUAAUAUAGAGCAAGUAAUAGUUUCUAAGAUGUAAUUGGCAUGUAAAUUAUCUAUGAA